UGGCCAACAAUUGUUGACUUCUGCCGCCGCCUCGUUCGAUGCCCGCCGUCGCCGCUUCGUUCGAUGCCCGACGUCGCCGCUUCAUUCGAUGCCCACCGUCCUUGCCGCCAACGUCACUUCCGACCGCAUCUUUCCUCCAAUGGCAGGCGUCUCCACUUUCGAUCACAUCCAAAAUUAGAUUAUCAAUAUAUCAUAUCAAAGAGUCACCCCUCCGCAGAUUUCUUCUUCGAUUAUCUCCUCCGUCGUCGUUCCACCAUGACUCUCAAAGAGACCGUCACAGAGAAAGGGCUAAUGCUCGCACCACCGGCAAAGGAAAGGGUAAAGAUGAUGGCUUCACCCCUGAACAGCGCCGUGAAAGAGGGAUGCAAAGGAACUUCAAGAAAAGACAGCAAAGAAUGCAGCACAGGCAGCAGCUGGAAGUGACGCUGGGAGUGAUCCUUUUUAUAACUUCGUUGUGUAAUAUUAAAAGACCAGUUCUAUAUGUUUCUUUUUCCUUUUCGGUUUUUUUUCUGCAUGAAAGUGUAAGUGCCAAAUUGCAAUAAUAGCCAUGUGAAACAUGAUGGAUUUUUGGGUGCACCGCCUUUUCUCCAAUUCUCUAAAUUCCUCUGU